UUGGCAUAAAAUAAUUAGCUCUUGUGUUUUUGUUAAGAGAUGCUAUGUUCAAUAGAAUUUAAUUUCUUUAUACUUCCCAUGCACUCAGCUUUUAAAAUAUAAUUCUUUAGGGAAAAGGAGCAAAUAUUCACUGAGAAUGUUGAUCUGUCAGGGACUAGGGUAGCCAGAGGAAAGAGAAAGUAUAGGGGUUACUGUCUAUACCCUGAAGUGUGAGUAAGUGUUAUUUUGUAUGGAGCUCCGAGCUAAGAUUUCUUUUAAGGCAUGCAAAUGGUAAAGUUGUGAUUUGUCAACUGCACGCUGUUUCUUUAGGCACUGAUGUAUGAAAUCCUGAACGAAUUCUCCAAUGAACAUACUGCUAAUUGCUUCUCCACCUGCUCUCCAACCUCCCCCCGCACCCCACCCCCUCCACUCUCAAUUCAGCCUCUAAGUGUCCGUCAUUGGAGAUGGAUGGUGACACAUGCAGUAAUAGCAAUUCAUAAAAGGCAGUUCCAGCCCUUGUCUUCAAGGCUCCUGGAUUUUCCACUGCCUGCUUUUGUGUAAGUGAAGUGGAUGGAAGUGCUACUGGCAUCAGAAUCCACCUCCCCAUGCUCUGUCGCUAGAGCUCAGUUGCUCUGCUGGAGCUGAGCUUACCAGAAGAAUCGGAUCUGAGCGGAAUCGUGGCAGUGAUUUUCUCCCCGUCAAUGGGGGGUGGGUUAGGGAUAGUAGUGUGUAGUGGGGGCUUAGGUUGUUUUAGCUUUUCUUUCUGAGGACAGAAGAGGGUCAGGAGAGAAUAACUCCCGGCAGGAUACAACGUGAAACAGUUCCCUGAAGAGUGUCACAAUGUUCCUGGUACAAUAUACAGGAUUGAACCAGCUGCCCUUUGACCCUGCCAACAACAACGAACCCCUGCAGUUUGGUAGUGCCAGUGGCCCUCUGGUUCCAGAAGGCCUCAUUGAGAAUGGAGGGGAAUCAAGCAAGAAAAGAAAGAGAACAAAUCCUCCUUCAGCUGAUAAUACUAGAACUCUGAAUGUAGAUUCUGCUGCAAUGACACUGCCUGUUUCUGAUCCAGCUGCAUGGGCCACAGCAAUGAAUAAUCUUGGAAUGGCUCCACUGGGAAUUGCUGGACAACCAAUUUUACCUGACUUCGAUCCUGCCCUUGGGAUGAUGACUGGAAUACCACCAAUAACUCCCAUGAUGCCGGGUUUGGGGAUAGUCCCUCCACCGAUUCCUCCAGAUAUGCCGGUAGCAAAGGAGAUCAUACACUGCAAAAGCUGCACGCUCUUCCCUCCCAACCCAAAUCUUCCGCCACCUGCAACACGAGAAAGGCCACCAGGCUGUAAGACAGUGUUUGUGGGUGGCCUGCCUGAAAAUGGGACAGAGCAGAUCAUUGUGGAAGUGUUUGAACAGUGUGGAGAGAUUAUUGCUAUCCGGAAGAGCAAAAAGAACUUCUGUCACAUUCGCUUUGCUGAGGAAUACAUGGUGGACAAAGCCCUCUAUCUGUCUGGUUACCGAAUUCGCCUGGGCUCUAGUACUGACAAGAAGGACACAGGCCGGCUCCAUGUUGACUUUGCCCAGGCUCGGGAUGACUUAUAUGAGUGGGAGUGUAAACAGCGCAUGCUAGCAAGAGAGGAGCGGCACCGUAGACGGAUGGAAGAAGAAAGAAUGCGUCCACCAUCCCCACCUCCAGUGGUCCACUAUUCAGAUCAUGAAUGCAGCAUUGUUGCUGAAAAACUCAAAGAUGAUUCCAAAUUCUCAGAAGCUGUGCAGACCUUGCUCACCUGGAUUGAGAGGGGGGAAGUGAACCGCCGCAGUGCCAACCACUUCUACUCCAUGAUCCAGUCAGCCAACAGCCAUGUCCGCCGCCUGGUAAAUGAGAAAGCUACCCAUGAGAAAGAGAUGGAAGAAGCAAAAGAGAAGUUCAAGCAGGCCCUUUCUGGAAUUCUCAUUCAAUUUGAGCAGAUAGUAGCUGUGUACCAUUCUGCUUCCAAACAGAAGGCAUGGGACCACUUCACAAAAGCACAACGUAAAAACAUCAGUGUUUGGUGCAAACAAGCUGAGGAAAUUCGCAACAUUCAUAAUGAUGAAUUAAUGGGGAUCAGAAGAGAAGAAGAAAUGGAAAUGUCUGAUGAUGAAAUAGAAGAGGCAACAGAAACAAAAGAAACGGAGGAAUCAGCCUUAGUGUCACAGGCAGAAGCUCUGAAGGAGGAAAAUGAUAGCCUCCGCUGGCAGCUGGACGCAUACCGGAAUGAGGUAGAACUGCUCAAACAGGAACAAGGCAAAGCCCACAGGGAGGAUGACCCAAACAAGGAACAGCAGCUGAAACUUCUGCAGCAAGCCCUACAAGGGAUGCAACAGCAUCUGCUCAAAGUCCAAGAGGAAUACAAAAAGAAAGAAGCUGAGCUUGACAGAAUCAAAGACGACAAUUUACAGGUAGAACAACUGUUGGAAAAUUUUCAUGAAAAGGAAAACUGUGGUUCUAGACUGUGUGCAUCAAGCCAAGAAGGUGAGCAACCUCUUGAGAAGACCGCAGUCAGCAAUCCUGUCAAAUCUGAACGUGAGGCACUGCUAGUGGGGAUCAUCUCCACAUUCCUUCACGUCCACCCAUUUGGAGCAAGCAUUGAAUACAUCUGUUCCUACUUGAAUCGUCUUGAUAAUAAGGCAAGCUACCAAAUACCCAGCAAAUUAACCACUUCUCCACUCUUACCGAUCAGCACCAGUGAUGUGGAAUCUCUCAUGAGUAGACUCCAGCAUACCUUCAGACAGGAAAUGACUGGAGUUGGAGCCAGCCUGGAGAAGAGAUGGAAAUUCUGUGGUUUUGAGGGCUUGAAGCUGACCUGAAGCUCUUUGCCUAGAAUUAGAGAUCCUGAAAAUAAAUGUGUGCUUGACAAGCUUAGGAUGUGAAUUUUGUCCUCAGUGGUUUUCAAGUGGACAUUGCUUUCAAUUUGUCGGUUCAUUCCCGAGUCUCUUUCAAGUUAAAAUAAGGAUCCUAGAAUAGCUUCUCAAGCUACAGGUCCUAAAAAGAAAUUGCCUCAAACCUCAAGUGCUGUAACUUUCUCCUAUUUCUAGCAAUUGGUUGACUUGUCUUAAAAGUAAUAGUGAAAAAUUCCUGAGACUAAAGCGUAUUUGGAGUGUUUUCAGUGUCUGUACUACUGCUGUAGACCUUGUACUUUUUCAACGCUGUUAGCUGCAGUGUUUUGAUGAUUUGUAUGUGCUCUGUGUUUCCAGAUUUCUCUUCACAGGUUGCUACUGGUAAAAGGAGUGAGAGGGAUGCUAGGAACCCCCUGUAACUGCCAUUGUCUUUCUCAUCUACAGUAAACACUAAAAGAAUAACCCAUCUGUGUCUUCUCCAAGGUGCUUCACCAGUUCACCUUUGAAAUAAAAAAGCAUGAACUGUGGCUUUUUGUAAAAAUACUGUGAACCAAAAGUUGACAAACGUUCCAAAGUUAUUUUCUCUAAUAGAUAAAAGGUCUAUUUCAGAAUUUUAAAACAAGAAAUCUAGAUGGAUUCAUGGGAAGUCUUCAGUAUGACUACUGUGUUUGUGCUUUUCAGAACUACUUGUAAAUAGUCUGCUUUUAAAAGAGGGCAUGUUUAGUUUUCUAUGAAUUAAAAUGCAGUCAGGUGUGGGCACAUGUGCACACACAUUGGCAGAAGGGAUUUAUUUUGGUAGUCCUUUCCUCUGGCCUUCCUACUGUCUGUUGAUCCCAUUUUUUCCUGCUGUUAGUGUGUUGAAAUGCAAACUGUGUACUGCUGUAAAUACUGUUUACUUCAAUGCUGGAUGUUUGUAAAGAACUGAUGUGAGUAUUGAAAGUAAAGAAAUAAUGAAUAAA